GUGAGGAACAAGCAGAGGGAGAGCAAUUUAAUACAAACAUAAAAAUCUGUGAAGGUAAAAGUGAAAUAAAGUUCCUCGCUUUUGUUAUAUUGUUAUUAAGAAAAGCUUAUAGAGUGUCUUCUAAAGGUAUUCAUACCUAAUUAACUUUUUUUUUUUUUUUACAUUUUGUCAUGUUACAAUCAAACUUUGAGUUGUCAUAUGGGGAUUUUGUGACUAAAAUUCUAAUAAAAUACAUUAAAGAUUGUGAUUUAAGUGUGACAUCAAGCAUGAAUAUAUCUACAAGGCAUUCUACAACCUACAAAUUCUUUACAAAAUUCAAAAAGUAUGAUCCUCUUAGAAAGCGAGAGUCCUGUGCGUACGUGAGAGAUCUUUGACCCAUCACCGUAUUCUCACUCGCGUCACCAACUUCUGUCCAAGUUAAACACACAUGGGUUACUACUGUUCAUAUUUUGAAACAUCUGAUGUAAAUUGCGUUAGGAGAAAGAUUACCACAGUAUAAAAGUAAAAACACCACACAUCGCUGCACUUAUUUUAAUGCUACAAAUGUUUGCGUUUGUAGCGUCAAGCACGUCUCUUCCAUACAUCACAUGCAUGGUGCAAUAGCGAAUGACCUAAAUGACAAAAUUAGACUCUCUGUGGUUAAGCUUUAAGAGAAGGUCACCGAGACCAAGGUCGUGAAACUAAACUCUGGGUCGAACCACAAACGAGUUAAUGUUUCACCACAGUGCUGCGUGUACAGGUCCUAUAAAAGGCGCAGCAGCAGGCCUGAAAAUUCAGCUGUAGAUGAUGAAAUUCUGGAUGAAAGGGAGAUACAUGUCCUCCUCUUGCGGUUUUCAUCUUUUAACUUGCAUGUAAACAUUUUUUGGAGGAAGUGAGUUUAAGAAAAAGAAAACAGAAAGCCCUUCUGAAAAUGAUCUGGAGCCUGUGUCUCGUGUGUUUAGUCGGGGGUUUUGGAGCGGUCCUCGCCGGCCCCAUCAGGAAGACGGGUAGCACGGAGGGCAAGGCUGCGCCUCAGGAGGAAGUCAACGUGCUCAUGUUUGGAGUCAUACAGCUGAGCGAGUCGCUCAACUACGUCUUUGAAACCACUGAGGCAAAGAUAGAGAGAAUCAGCAAGACUCUGAAGAGGCAUGAAGAAACCCUCCAACGGCUGGGGCAGCAGACUGAACAGGCUGCAGAAGUGGAGCAACAGAUAAAAGAAGUCGUCCAGCUGCUGCAGGAACAAAUGGCAAAACAACAGGCUCAGAYCCACAUCACAAAAGACUGGCUGAGCAGCAUAGAGAAGGACGAGGAGGAACUGAAGGCAAAAGUUCAACAGCUGGAGAUGUGCAUCAACAACAAUGCACCACAMAGCCUCAAGGAGCUGCAGAAUAAAGCAGAGGCGCAUCUCCAAAUCUUGAAAGGUUUACAGACCUGGAGCAAGAUCCAGAAAAGGGAUAUUGAGACUCAGGAUGAGCAGCUUUCCAAACUGCAAAAAAUGGUAACUUGCUUUUCCAACAAAUUUCAUAUUCAGAACUUAUUCUGUCUGUUUAUUUCAAUUAAAAAUGUUGCUUGUUUCUGUGUUUUUUCAGAGCGAAGCUAUGCAGUAGCUCAUUCAAGACUCAUCAGUUCACUGAAUAAGAAAAAAUCCAUCAACUCCUCAUCGUUACUGCACUCCAACAUCCCUAUAUAUGAAUAUUAGCUCAUGUUAACACCUUUUUUAAUAGAAAUUAAGUUAAAAAUGAAGUUAAAUUAUACACAUUUSUUUGUUAUUUGUAAAUAAAUAUUUAAUAUUUGAAAAAAAAAAAACUUGGUUCUUUUUUUUGCAAAUUGUUCUAAGUUUUGAACAUGUAGGGUGAAACCUUUUGAAUCUUUUUGCUUAAAAAAAAGAGAAAAAUCCAAAAAAGAAAAAAGUCAAACCAAUCAAUAAUCACACAGGAAGAAGCAUGCUCAUUGCAUGCAUGCAUGCAAUGAGCGGCUGAACUUGUUCAAUACAARAGGUCAAGCCACCGCUUGCACGUAUGCCUUUAAUAGUA